GCGAAGUGGCUGCGAUUUAAGAGUUGAGUUUGGUUGAGAUCUCGAACGCGUGAGGUACCUAAAACAGAAGUGGUGUGAAGAUGUCCUCCGAAAUAAAUACUGGUCCCGUAAUUGGGCAGCGUCACCUGCAAACCUUUUUGCUUUUUAUGGCCAUCGUGGUCAACUACAUGGCCAAGUUCAAUGCCGGAGUGGCUAUCGUGGCCAUGACGAACGCCGAGAGCAGCAAUCCCAACUUUCCAGAAUACGAUUGGAAUGAAAUGGAACGCUCCUACAUCCUAUCCAGCUUCUUCUGGGGCUACAUUUGCACCCAGUUCCUGGGCGGAUGGUUGAACCGGAGGCUAGGAGCCAGGAUUACUAUGUUCAUCUCCACUCUGGGUUCGUCCCUUCUGGCCCUCCUGCCGCCUUGGUGCGUAUCCUGGGGCGGUUGGCAGGCCUACUGUGGCAUCAGGGUGGCUAUGGGACUGUUCCAGGGGCUUCUCUUUCCCUGCAUUCACGCCCACCUGGCCAACUGGUGUCCGGUUAAUGAGAGAAACCGCCUGGGAGCUCUGGCCAACUCAGGCAUCGACUGCGGCACACUAGUGGCCAUGUUCGUCAGCGGCUUGAUUGCCUCCUCCAGCAUUGGCUGGCCGGGCAUCUUCUACGUGUCCAGUGGCAUGGGCAUUUGCUGGUGCAUCUUUUGGAUGCUCCUGGGAGCCGAUACCCCCCGGCAGUCCAAGCUCAUUGGUGAGGCGGAACUGAACUACAUCGAGACUUCGAUCAACUCCAGCCGGAAGGAGAACGCGGAGAAACUAAAGGCCACGGGCCGGAUUCCGGUGCCUUGGAAGGCCAUUUGGACUUCGAUUCCGUUCUGGGCCCUGAUCUUCACACGGUGCUGCCAGACCUGGGGCUACUCCACCCUCCAGACCGAGCUACCUGCCUACAUGAACGGUGUCCUGCAGAUGGACAUGAAGAAGAAUGCCCUGUUCUCGGCCCUGCCCUACUUUGCCUCCUGGAUUAUGGCCUUUGUCUACCUCUUCUUCGCCGACAUCCUGCUGACUAGAGGCGUUAUGACCAUCACUGCCAUUCGUAAGUCAAUCAACUCCUUGGCCUUCUUCGUGCCGGCGGUUGCCCUGAUCGGAGUCAGCUUCCUGGACAGUGACCAGAAGACCCUUUCCGUGGUCCUGAUGUGCACCAAUGUAGGCAUCAAUGCGGGCUCCACCAUCGGCAGUACCAUAAACACCAUUGACUUGUCCCCGAAUCAUGCGGGCAUUAUCAUGGGAAUCGUGAAUACGGCGGCUAACACAAUGCCGAUUUUAACGCCUCUUCUAGUGGGAGUGAUUGUCAAGGAUGUGAGCGAUCGCCUGCAAUGGCAAAUAGUGUUUAUCAUAUCCGCCGUGGUCUUUGUGGUGGGAAAUAUAGUGUACCUGGUGUUCGGUCAGAUGGUGAACCAACCCUGGGAUGCCCCUGACUUUUUGACGAAGCAACAAGACAGCCACCUCCAGGAGGAAGGAUAUUCCAAGGCCCUGGAGGCAAACCAGUUCUUGGAGGAUGAAAAGCGCAAGGAAAGUGAAGCCACAAACGAAAACACAAACUUGUAAUCUUUACAGAAAACUGUUCCCGGCUGGUCCGGGACUCAAUAGCCAUGUAGGUUCUAGGUUAACUAAAUUAAAUAAAUUAAAUAAAUAAAUUACUCAUUAAAUACCUUCCGAAAAGAAA